CCUCUCUCCUUCUUCUCUCUGCCGUAAACACACACGAUUACGCAUGUUUUGCUUGUUAUGUGUGUUACAUUAAACAAAUGUUCCGUUUCAGUUGCAAUUUUGCAAUUUUCAGAAGAGAAUACAGUGUCUUUCCGAAGCAUUAUAUUCAACCAACAUUUAGGAAAGAUGAGCAGGAAGAGUUACUUCAAAGCGAAGAUGGGAAGAAAAUCGGUCAUGAACUCGUCAAACCAGCGUUGGCAACUGACACAUGCUCCGACUUUUACGAUCCCAAAGUGAUGAAAUUUACAAAUGUCAUUAUGAGAAAUGGAAAUAAACUAUUGGCAAAGAAACUGGUAACUUAUGCUUUUGAAAAUGUAAAGAGGAUACAGUUGCAACGUUAUCACAAGGCAACCGACGAGGAGGAGAAAGAAAAGAUCGAAUUGGAUCCUGUUAGGGUUUUUCACCAUGCUCUCGCUAAUUGCACACCAGUUUUAUAUUUGAAAGCAACUAAGAAAGGUGGAAUUACAUAUCAGGUGCCUGUACCGAUUGAAUCUUCAAAAGCACAACAUACAGCAAUGAAAUGGUUGAUAGAAGCUACAAACGAUAAAGGACAUGAAGAAAGGUUCUAUGACACAUUAGCCAGAGUACUAGUAGCAACUGCUCAAAAUCAGGGUGGUGCGGUCAGACGAAAGCACGAAUUAUACAAAAAAUGUCAAGAACAUCGGGCUUAUGCACACUUUAGGUGGAUGUAGAUAUGAUAACUUUUUCUUCUGUGAAGUAAACAGGAUUGUCUUAUAAAGAGGAUCGGUAAUACGAAGCCUAUUAUCUGAUAAAGGAAUUACAUCAUGGAUGUUGGUCUUCAAGUCGAUUCUCCGCCCCCAAUAAUUUAUAUAAGAUAAUAUCACACUUUCUUCGUCCAAAUUUAUAUAUAUUAGUCCGACGAGAUUGUUACACAGGAUUGUGGUAGAGUGUAGCCAUGCGGAUAGUAUAAGUACUGUAAUAAAAAAAGGGGGAAAAACAUUUAUUGAGCGAUAAGGACAUUCGGCAAUAAAUAAUUUUUAAUAUGUGUUA